AUGGCUGAAGCCGACCUGAGCUUCAUCAAGUCGGACAUCGACCUCGCUGAGGUCAGUCUCGAUCAAAAGAGCAGGAAAAAGGUCAGACUCAACAUCAGGUGGCACCAAUUGACCGACGCCAAUCAGCCGUUUCGGUCAACUGUAUCAUAAUGCGACUUGUGGACUUUCUUAAUGACUUUGCCGUCCGAGCUGAGGAGACGAUUCUGAGGGCUGAGUCGCAUCUCCGGUCGGCCGACGUCAAGUUGAGACUUCUCGAGCAGAAGGUGAAUAAUUGUUCAAUCUGGUCGCGUUUCGAAUGACUCAAUGCUUUGCGAUCGGCUUUGAUCCGAUUUCUCACUAGCUUAGGAACGCCGGAGUAGUUCCUAGAGUAGUUAGGGAAAACAGGCAUUAUAACGUACAGAAGAGUGUUCCCUGAAGGGUUAAAAAUCAGGUGGUCUCUAUAGGGGUUUUUAGUCUGUCUCCAAGCCUUCCAGCAAAGAAAGUACGCUCUAGCGAACUUUUUCUCUGAUCAAGCAUCUUUCUUUGAAAAAAAGACAGUGAUAAACUAUCGACUUCAAAACUUUUAUUCAAGCCGCAGCGCGACCGCAACGCAUCAAGUCAUUCUUUAAAUUCUCUGGAACCUUUUAAAUACAUAAAAGCUUCAAAUAAACUAAAACAAACGCACUCUAAAAAAGAGAAAGAUCGAAAAUAAGUUCAAGAGGGCCAAAAAACACUCACCGAACAUGAGAGGUGCACUUAUAUUUGGAGACUAGACUACAUUCACGCCCACGAAAUCCGAAAAAAUCAAGUAGUUUUCAUUGGAAAGUCAAUUCUGGACUAGUUUUCUCGAAGAACUUGAUUUUUUCUCGUAUCACGGAGGCCAAAGUUUUUUAUUUUUUGUAAGAAAAAGGUUCAUACUUUUGAGCUGGAUAAGUUCAGCUAUCUCAAGUGGAACUCGUUGAUCGAACCGAAUCUCGACAAGCUCCUCCAGCACCAGAUCCCGUUUCAGUUCCAGUUCCGAUUGAGCCGAUUCCUGAAAAGUUUGAGCCGGAACCUAUAGCUCCGUCUACUGUAAUUUUCUCCUUACUGGAGGAAAAAAAUUUUUUUUUGUUUGAGAAUGUCGAAAUCGCAGCUCCUUCUCAGCCAGAACCUCAACCGGCUUCUUCUUCUUCACAAAGUUUACUUGUACGAGAUGAUCCGAUUUACGCAAAGUACUUCAAAAUGUUGAAAAUGGUAAGCUUCUGCGCUCCAUUGAAAAAAAAGAAAGUUUCAUUGACAAUACUAAAAAAGUUUGUCAAGUCUUCUCGGAUCUUAAUAACGCAAAUCUCCGAACGUUGCUAGGGAUCAUUUAAGAGGUCUGACGAUACUAAAGUGGUCACUAGAAUUUCUCCGAUUUGCGAUACCAAGGUUCGUGUUAGAAAAAAAAUAUCUCGCUUUGGCGCUCGAUAGGUGAAGCCCUCAAAAUUGCUGAGUUUCUGAAAAAAAAAAGGCUGAAACUUCAAAACCGUUUGCGCUCCAUUGUCAAAGCUCAAAAAAUCGUCUUUCAAACAGUAGUUAUUCCAGGGAGUUCCUGAACAAGCCGUGAAACUGAAAAUGCAUUCGGAAGGUGUUGAUCCAACUUAUUUGAGGUUUCAAUUUAUUAAGUUCCGAAAAACUGAAAAAAAACUUCAGCAAGCCUGAUGAAGCUUCACCGAACGCUCAAUUCGCCGACACCAACGGCUCUUCGCUCGAUUCCGAUUCCAUUUCUUCCUUUAGUGAUUCUGAUUAACUUUUUUUUUUGGUUAUUGUACAUAAAAAUGAAUUGAAAUAUCCUGUAGGCAUCGAAACCAAACGAAUAAGGUCGGUUAUGGAAUAACUUUCGAAAAUUUUCAAUAUUUCACCUGGUUUUAUUAUAACUUGUCGCAUAGGGAAUGGCUUGAAGCGUCUUGAAAUGGAACAGUAAAAUGCCGUAAAACUAGAAAAUAUCUCUGCUUGUUUUGAGUCGGGCGCGUCUUGAAUUGGACAAGGAAAUGCCUCAACACUAAAUAAUAUCUCUACUCGCAAGCCGUUUUGAGUCCGGUGCGUCUUGAAGUCUGAUAAGGAAAUGCCGUUAUAUUUGGAUAUCUCUCUACUCGCAAACCGUUUUGAGUCGGGCGCAUCAAAUCCCGUAAAAAUUGAACAAUUACACGGCUUAAAAAAAGUGCCUGGCUGGUGGAGAGGGCAGACAGACCACGCCCCCCUACUACCGUCCCAAGACGGUUAAAUUACUAAAAAAAUAAAAAAUAUAAAAACCUCAAUUCCUAACCCAAAAAUAAGGCGGAGCUUAACCUUCGCUAUAGAAAACUGAAUGUUUUGGACUUUUCCUCGCAAUGAAAUAUAAUCAUUUGUUGGUAACAGAAUAUGCUAGUUAUUUCUAUUUUUUUGCCUCAUCUUCAUUUUUUCACUAUGAAACGGCUGCGCAUCGGCUAUGACACGAGCUUGAAUAAUAAAGGUUUUGAUUUCAUUUUUUUGAGGUUUUUAGAAAAAAUUUUCAGGUUCACUAUACAAAAUCGGUGACGAAUUGGCUUUGGAACUUGAGCAAUGUGUGACGAUUAUGAAAGUGGAAAAAAGUCGAUUUGAAAAAAAAAAUAUCAACUUUCUAGACUUUGAACUGGACCUACGAACUUGUUCAAUACGAUAAUCACAUUGGAUAUAUUCAAUCGAAUGGAACGGCUACUGGAGGUAAAAAGGGGCGUGGCUAGCUUAUUGGAAGCUCAGUUCGUUAGAGCGCACUUACAGCUUGCAAUAAAGAGUUUUAAAAAAUUUAAAUUUUUCGAUUAAUGCCGCAUAAGUUCAUUGAAGUUUCGCUGGUUUAAAAUAAAAAAUUGUCUACAGGACUUCUUGGCGAUGUUCAAAGAGGAGAGCUCGAUAUGGCCUGCGGGAUGUUCCGAAUGACUCCCGAACGAGUCGCGGCCCUCAGUUUCAGCUACCCGGCUCAACUUGAGGUCAAUCAGGUUGGUCAUUAAGCUUGUAAUUUAGAAGCAGAAUCCCAGUAGAAAUUUUCAUCGGGAAACGAAGCAAAACCUUACUUUGAACAUUAGAUUGCCUCUUUGAAGAUGAGAUCACUCAAGGCUAGGAUUUGGAAGAACCUUCACUUGAAAAUAGGUUUUUUUUUCAAAAUUGAAGCUUUGGCAUGAGUUGGAGACUUGAUCGUUUUUUUUUCCAAAAAUCUUCCGAAAUGACAGCCGGAAAUCUAUCAUUUUCAUUUGUUACGAUUGAGAAAGUCUGACCUGUCUGUUCCCUCUUCUCUAUUUUACUCUACCCUCAUUUUCAUAUAAAAAGAAGAGGCGGGUAAAUGAUAGGCCGCCACGAGCUAUGAAUGUACUUGUACAAUUUAGUCGUUCAUAGGGGGUUUCAGAUUUUUAGAAGCUCUUUCCAUCUCUCUAUCAUUAAUUUUCUUUAGUUACGAGGGAAAAAAAAGUUGAUAAUAGACCAAUGAGAUAUAACAAUUCUAAGGUGUACCUGAUGAGCGACCCGCGCCGUUCCGAAGACGUCGGCUUCCUUUUCCGGCCUUUCGCGACACACGUUUGGCUGAUGCUCGCUGUGACUUUCUUCAUUGUCACUUCCGUUUUUCUUUUGAUGAGAAUGGUGGAGCUUUGGGAAGACAAUGAGUCAAUCAUAACGUGGGGAUGAUUUUUCUCCCCAGUAAUCUUUUAAAAAAAUCUGACUUUUCUACGUUUUCUCAUUUUUUCGUUGAUAGAGAAGAGAGCGCAGACAGGUCAGAUUUUUCAUGAGAUGUGAAAAAAUCAUUCAAAUAAAACAUUUUAAUUCCAGAAGUGUGCACCAAAGCGUGGCCCAUGUGAUCUCCUACUCGUUCAAUUUUGAUUUUCGCUCGAGCUCCAAGCCGAAAUUCUUCGCUUUUCAUGUAAUCUUCAGCAUUGGUCGCACUUGGAAUGGUUCACCACUCAUGUGGUUUUAAGAACAUUUAAUGUCACCGCGCGCAACUCAGUUUUGGUCGGGCGCGUUUUGAAAGAACCGCUUUGCUUCGAGCCUUUCUAUUCGCGAUUGAUGGUUUCAUUCAUAAUUUAAAAUUUAAAGUUGUUCUCGGCGAUUUGGAUCAUCUCCUGGUUCCACGUCUUUAUCGACUACUACACCUCGGAACUUAGUGGGAUGCUGAUUGUUUCGGCCAAAAAACAGGUGAGUUUAAAAUCAAACAGAUCUCCAUUGAAGCCCAAGUUUCAGGUUCCAUUCACCAAUUUUCACGGCUUCAUCGAUAGUUUGAGGUUUUUUCUUUCAAUUUCUCAGAAAACUGGAAAAGUUUUUAAAUUGAACCUUACAAGAUUGAGGGAAAAAUAUUUUUUUUAAUUUUGACUAUUUUGAAGUGGGGGCUUUGAGUUUCAAAUUAUACCUUAAGGAAUCAACAUAGGCAUCGCUGAACUUCUGAAAAUUCAGAUAGUUCGAGCUAGUCCAAAAAAUUGAACAUUAAUAAAACUUUCGUAAAACUCCAAACACUCAAAGUUUCCACAAACCUUUAAACUUUCAGAAAAUUAUGAAAAAUAGAAAAGUUAUGAUCAAAAGAAGACCUCCUUUCAUUGUAAAAAAAGAAAAAAAUCGUCAAUUUUCAUUAACUGGGACGGUAAUUAAAGUUCAAAAGAAAAGGAGAAAGUAACGUUAACCUGAAGAGACGCAGAGAAGUUAUCUUUCUCUGGUGUCUUUUCAAUCCGCCGCUGCUCUCUUUUCCACCUCAUUUCACCUUUUUUUAAUUCCCUAAGAGUUCACAAUUCUUCUUUGACCGCUCAAAAUCAAUCUUUGCCUUCCAAUCGGAUUAAACACCAAAAAAAAGGUUCAGAAGCGGGAAAUACAGGCUUCUGACGGCGUCGGCCGACCGAAUCCCAGAAUGUCCACAGGAGAUCUCCGUGGAGACGUGCUACGGCUUAUUUGCCGAGAUUCUGACCAAAUAUCCGCCCAAAAUCGGCGACCUUGGCUUUUUGAACUUGGAGAGCGCUAAGCUGGCAAGAAAAAUCGACUUUUAUUUGAAGGAAUAG